CAUCAUGUCACUGCUGCACAAGAAACGCUGACUGUGAUCAUGGUUGCAACAUCAGGCGCGAUUGAUUGAUGUGGGUGAGAGGAGAGCGGGUGAUGAUGCCCAAUCAUUUCUUUGAGCUCAAGCGCACCACAAGCAUUAUGAUGGCACUGAGGUUGAGGCUGCUGCUGCGGCCGGUUCGAGCACAGCUCACGGCCGCAACGCCAACGACGGCACUGCGUGUUCGCCAAAGGCACCACUACCUGCGAGGAGGUCUCGCGGUUGGAGGGCGAAGGAGCCUGUCAUCUUCUGGCAAGCAGGACCCAUACAGCAUCCUUGGCGUGUCAAGCGAAGACCACCUGGACGUGAUCAAGUCUACCUACCUCGACCUGGCUCGGGUGCACCACCCGGAUGUGCGCGGCGGCGGGGACGCUGAGCUGUUCAAGGAGCUGGCCAGCGCCAUGCGGGAGAUCCUCGUGUACCGGCUGCAGCUCGACACGAAGGAGAUGGCGGCCGAGGGCCAGGAGGGCAAAGAGCGCAAGCUGUACCGCACGUUUGACCCUGGCUUUGUGUUUGAGUUUGUGCGCGAGUCUGUGGAUGCGGCUAAGCUGCGGCAGGAGGUGCAGCAGGCGACUCGAGGCAUGGGCAAGGCCGGUCCAGACAUGGGUGAUUGGUUCUUCAUGGCGGAACUGGUCGGUGCCGACGACGGGCAACAGAACAAGACGCAGCAGCCAGGCGACGGCGCCACCUCUCAUCACCGCCAUCAUCUCAACCAACCCACCCCGUCCAUUGAGGCUUCACCGUCCUCCAACAAGAAGAGCAACUGAUAUUGUGCAUGAGCGUGUGUGUGUGUGUGUGUGUGUGUGUGUGU